UGGGCGUUGGAUGCGAGUUGCGCUUGUAUGUUUUAAAAUUUGUAUUUCACGACAAAAUCUUUUCUGUAAUAAAAACAUUCUAGUUCCAUUCCUAAUAUUUUGUUUGUUGAUAUUCCGGCAACCAGUUUUCAUAAAGUUUGGACAAUAUUUUUUUGGACCUCACUCGUUCAGACAAACAUACAUCUCGUGCUCAUGCAUAUAUAUCUCUCUCAUCGCGACGCCAUCUGUCUCACUUUAUCUCACUUUUACCUCAGUUUUUAACAUCUAGAUAUCUCAGUGCAAAAACUUUAAGCGGAACAUUUUUAAUUAAUUUUUAUGUUUAUCUUUCCCGAAAAUCGGUUGGAUUUCUUGAACGUAUUUUUAAAAAAAAAAGAAAAAAAAAAAAAAAACAGUGAUAGACUUUCGAGUACAUAAAAUGAAAAUUGUUAUAUGAAUACGAUGUAAUUGUAGUGGAAAAACUUUGUUCGAACUUUAACAGUGUUUGUGAAUCGUUUUCUUUCUAAGGCUGACUUGCCAAUUUGGCUUUAGUUUGGCUAAACACAAUUUCAUAUUCGUGUUAGUUUUUAAGUACUGUGUAACGAAUCUUGAAGUGACUCAAGUGUACGAGACAGUAGUUGGAAUCAGAAGGAAUUAUUUACAUUGUAUAUGCUGAUCUGACUGACGCGGCGUCAUGACGGCAUCUCUGGCAGUCACCACUCUAGCAGCGGUGCCGAUGGUGACCUCGACCAUGCAGCCCGCCGACCACAUCAGCGGCAACAUCACCGCCAGCGACAGCAGCAGCCUGCUCAACAACACACCGUCCCACUACGACAAGUGGGCUUUGACCAGUGAGAUCUACGGUGUUAUCGUACCCAUCGUUUUUGCCUUCAUCUUCAUCGUCGGACUCAUAGGCAACGGUACCCUGAUCUUGUCUGUCGUCGCCAACAAGGUGAUGAGAAAUAUCCCGAAUAUCCUGAUCGUCAGCUUAUCCGUGGGCGACUUUCUCCUAAUCCUGGUGAGCGUGCCGAUGACGUCAACGGUCUACACCUUCAGCAACUGGCCGUACGGCUCAGCGACGUGUAAAAUCAACGAGUUCCUUCAGACCGUCUCCCUGGGCGUGUCCGUCUUCACCCUGACCGCCCUUAGCGCCGACCGUUAUGUGGCUAUCGUCAACCCUAUGGCUAAACUCACCGGCAGGACUUUAAGAGCAACAGUAGCAACGGUGAUCGGUAUAUGGAUCCUGUCUAUUGCUUUAGCUAUUCCAGAUCUCGUUUUCAGCGGGAUUUACGUUCACGUUGCUAACGGGACAAACACAUCGCUUGGAGAAUUCUGUGCGCAGUUUCCCAGCGACUAUCACGCGGGCGUGGCCAACACCCUUCGACUGAUUGUUUACUUCAUUCUUCCUUUACUCACCAUCGGGUUCUUCUACGUCAUGAUGGCUAGGAUUUUAAUCCGCAGCAGCGAUAACGUCCCGGUUGACUCCAAGACCGGCGCGGCCAACCACAACCGGCAAAUCGCCGCCAGAAAAAAAGUCGCCCACGUCGUUCUGAGUUUCGUCGUCAUCUUCAUCGUCUGCUGGCUGCCGCGUCACGUGUACCUGAUGUGGUACAACUUCUCAAGCGGCGAGUUCAAUGAUCACUGGCACGCCUUUAAAAUCGCCGGGUUCUGCCUGACCUUUGUGAACUCUUGCGUCAACCCGUUCGCGCUUUACUUCCUCAGCGGGCAGUUCCGGAAAUACUACAACCGGUACCUCUUCUGCUGUUGCCGGCGGGCUCGGUACACCAGUCUGGAACCCACCUCCACCAUGCACAACCUCCACAGCAACAACCGCCGACCCAGCACCACCAACAUGUCGAUGGUAUACUCACAGUCGAUGUGCUGACUCUUUAGCUGUUUCUUCAGACGGAAGCAAGUGGGUGACAACAAAUCCAAAACCGCCGUGGCCAUGUGGAACUGCCGUGUCAAAUCACACCAGCCUCGAUUUGGAAGAGGAAAUCAGAAAGCGGAAACGGAACUGUGAAUUGAUACUUUUGGUACAGAAAUAACCUGCUAAAGAAUGAUUUUAUGUCACGUAAGAAGGUUUUUGACAAGUUACAGCUAAAAAUUUGUUUCAAAAAUAUUAUUUGUG